AGGCUAUUUGUUGCUGCGCCGCCACCGCCCGAACCAUGAUUCGCGCUCCACUCGGGCUCUCCUAGCAGCAGCCGCCGCCGCCGCCCUGUGAUCACUGGCUUCACUUCCUCCUUCUCCUCUUGCUGAGCCACUUUCCUCCUAGAACUAUGACCGUCGUCUCCGUCCCACAGCGGGAGCCACUUGUCCUGGGCAGCCGUCUUGCGCCCCUGGGCUUUUCCGCCCGCGGUUACUUCGGGGCCCUCCCGAUGGUGACCACGGCCCCGCCGCCUUUACCCCGGAUCCCGGACCCCCGGGCACUUCCUCCUACCCUUUUCCUCCCUCACUUCCUAGGGGGAGACGGUCCCUGUCUGACCCCUCAGCCUCGUGCCCCAGCACCUCUGUCCAACUGUAGUAUAGCUACGGCGGGAGGCACCCCUCGGGCAGCGCCAAAGAAGCGGCGAAAGAAGAGGGUGCGGGCCAGCCCGGCGGGGCAGCUGCCUAGCCGCUUCCACCAGUACCAGCAGCACCGGCCGAGUCUUGAGGGCGGUCGGAGCCCCGCGACGGGCCCAAGCGGAGCGCAGGAAGUCCUGGGCCAGGCCGCCAAUUUGGCCCCGGUUCCUGCGGCCGCAACCCAAACUGAGGAAGCGAGCCCUUUCCCUGGCCCGGUGCCGCCCGCAGUGGCCGGCCAACCCUCGUUCAGAAGAGAGGUUUUAAAAUCAAAGAUGGGAAAAUCGGAGAAAAUUGCCAUUCCCCAUGUCCAGCUUGUUCAUGGUAUACACUUGUGUGAACAACCAAAGAUAAACAGACAGAAAAGCAAAUAUAAUUUACCACUAACCAAGAUCACCUCUGCGAAAAGAAAUGAAAAUAACUUUUGGCAGGAUUCUGUUUCAUCUGAUAUAAUUCAGAAGCAGGAAAAAAAGCCUUUUAAAAAUACUGAGAACAUUAAAAAUAUGCAUUUGAAGAAAUCAGCAUUUCUAACGGAAGUGAACCAAAAGGAAAAUUAUGCUGGGGCAAAGUUUAGUGACCCACCUUCCCCUAGUGUUCUUCCAAAGCCUCCUAGUCACUGGAUGGGAAGCCCUCUUGAAAACUCCAACCAAAAUAGGGAGUUGAUGGCGGUACACCUAAAAACUCUCCUAAAAGUUCAAACUUAGAUCUGAUUGCAGUAUGUCUGUAAAACAGUUUUUUGGUUUGUUUGGUUUUUUUCCCCAAAAUCCCUGGACUCUUGAAAAGAAAAUUGGUACAGAAAUGGAAAUUUGCCUUGUAACAUACAAGUGCAAAGGAGGAGUUUAAGAAAUUACAACUUGUAUUAUAUUUUAUAUUUUGUAAAUACUGUAUACCAUGUAUUAUGUGUAUAUUGUUCAUACUUGAGAGGUACAUUAUAGUUUUGUUAUGAAAGUAUGUAUUUUGCCCUACCAAAUGGUAGGUGUUUUGUAUAUAUACAGUGGAGAAAUUUUAAGUGUGCUAAGGCACAUGGAAGACCGAUUUAUUUGCACAAGGUACUGAGAUUUUUUUUAAAGAAAGCUAUCUAAUCUCAAGGUGAAGAUCUAAAUGUGAACAGUUUACUAAUGCACUACUGAAGUUUAAAUCUGUGGCACAAUCAUUGUAAACAUGGGGUUUGUCUGUGUUUCUCUAAAUUGAUUUUUGCCUUCUAAUCUGUAAUUAACUGGAAAACUCCUAUUCCCAUUUUUACCAAACUUAAUUUCUGGUUUUUGUUUUAUCCAUUCAAAUUUAAAAUACCUCUAAUUUUAAUGCCAACAAAAUUGGUUGUAAUCAAAUUUUUAAAUAAUAAUAUAAUUUGGCCCCCCCUUUUAUACUAGUGUUGACUCUUUGUGUGUGACUUUCAUGUUUGUGUGACUAGGAGAUGGAUUUUUAACUUUCCGUUUUACUGGCUGAAUGUCUUAGUAUUACUAAUUGUCCUUCCUCCUGAUAUUUAGAGGGUCCAAUAAUUUCACCCUACUACCUCUAAGGGGAGGGUUUCCCCAUUUUGCAAUGGAAAUUGGUCAAAAGCUGGUUAUAACGUAGAAUAUAUUUUUAUAUAAACUGUUUCGUAAAG